AUGGCGCCCUCGCAAGUCCCAGCAUACAUACUCGGCGUUGCCUGCAUCGGCCGUGGACUCAUGGCAAUUGCGAAGCCCACAGAAGAAUACGCUCAUGUUGGCCUGCCACUUGAGCUUGCAGACGCAACGCCCUCGCUCUCGCGCGACACGUCAAUCGGCACCGCAUCACCAUUGAUGCUGUUCAAGGGCAUCCGCGAAGUCAGCUAUGGACUGACGCUGGCAGGACUACAGUGGCAAGACAACCACAAUGCGGUCACGACAUUUGCUGCUAUCUUGUCGGCGGUGAGACUCGGUGAUGGACUGGUGGUGUGGAUGUGCGGGGGAGGCGCUCUUCGCCAUAGGGCUUGGGGUCAUUGGAUCACCUCUGGUGGACUCCUGGGCUGGGUUCUGUGGAGGUUGAGGGGCUGA